UCAAUCAGAACAAUGAGUUGGUUGCCGAGGAUGAGGACUGAGGGAGAAAGCUAGGAAGGAUCUGGAGUAAGGGCUGUGUCAGUACCGAUUGUUUACAGCUGUUGGUCAGGCUUGGAGUGGAAAGUAUAUCGAAAUUUGUAAAAAUGUGGAUACCUACAGAAAAUGAGAAAUACGGGGUUGUGAUAGCAAGUUUUCGAGGUACAGCCCCACAUGCCUUGUCAUUAGAGAUAGGAGAAACUGUGCAAAUACUUGAAAAAUGUGAUGGUUGGUACAGAGGGUUUUCAUUAAAAAGUCCAAAUAUCAAGGGUAUUUUCCCAUCCAGUUAUGUACACUUGAAAAAUGCAAAUGUGAAGAACAAAGGGCAGUUUGAAAGCAUCAUCCCAACAGAAGAUUCUGUUAUUUCAGAGAUGACAGCCACUUUGCGAGAAUGGGGUGCCAUGUGGAAACAGCUUUACGUGAAGAAUGAAGGCGAUCUUUUCCACAGACUCUGGCACAUAAUGAAUGAAAUCCUAGACUUGCGUAGGCAAGUUCUUGUCGGCCAUCUGACAUGUGACCGGAUGAAGGACAUCAAAAGGCACAUCACUGCACGACUUGACUGGGGAAAUGAACAGUUGGGCCUGGACCUUGUUCCGAGGAAAGAAUAUGCCAUGGCCGACCCUGAUGACAUAAGUAUCACAGAAUUGUAUAGACUGAUGGAACAUCGGCAUCGAAAGAAGGAUACACCUGCGGCAGCAAGCAUUCAUCAUCUCUAUGUACAGAUGAAAAGUCUAAUGUGUUCUAAUCUGGGAGAGGAGUUGGAGGUGUUCUUUGCACUUUAUGACAGUAGAGACAGUCGGAUGGUCAGUGAACGUUUUUUUGUGAAGCUGAACAGAAAUGGGCUACCAAGAUCACCAGAGAAAUCAGAACGACAGUGUACUCUCUUUACAGAUCUAAGUAGCAGCGACAUCAGAAAAGAUAUAUAUAUCACUGUACAUAUUAUACGUAUAGGUCGAAUGGGAGCUGGUGAAAAGAAAAACAUAUCUAAUGUCCAGUAUCGAAGACCAUUUGGAUGUGCUGUUGUCAGUAUAGCAGAUCUGCUUCAUGGAGAACCCCGUGAGGAUCUUGUCUUGAAAGUUUACAUGUGCAACACAGAAAGUGAAUGGUAUCAGAUUCAAGACAGCAUUAUCAAAAAACUAAACGCUCGCUACAACCUGACAAGUGCCAACACUGGUUUGUCAGUUUCCCUUCAGCUAUUACAUGGGGAUAUUGAACAGAUUAGAAGAGAGUAUUCAGCUCUGUUCACCCGUGGGGUUACCGUAACAAGAAAGCUUGGCUUCUCUGACAUCAUUAUGCCAGGGGAUAUGCGAAAUGAUCUGUAUAUCACUGUGGAAAAGGGUGAAUUUGAAAAAGGAGGGAAGAGUGUUCCCCGGAAUGUUGAAAUCACAAUGUAUAUUUUGGACACCGAAGGACACAUUCUAAAAGAAUACAUUUCAUUGGGGUCAGGAGAGCUUUCACUAAGUGAAUAUCACUCUUUUGUCCUGUAUCACAAUAAUAGUCCCAGGUGGUCAGAACUGCUUAAGCUUCCUGUUCCAGUCGAUCAGUUCCGAGGAUCACAUAUUAGAUUUGAAUUUCGACACUGUUCCACAAAAGAGAAAGGCGAAAAGAAAUUAUUUGGAUAUUCUUUUGUUCCUCUGAUGCAAGAAGAUGGCAGGACUUUACCAGAUGGCACUCAUGAACUGAUUGUUCACAAGUAUGAAGAAAAUAUACCACUCCAGGAUCCACGCUACCUCAAACUUCCUUUCUCAAAGGUAAAUCUCCCUGGAAACAACCAAGCACUGAAAACCUCCAAGGAGUCCUUCUGGAUGACAUCAUUUCUCUGCUCCACUAAGCUCACUCAAAAUGGGGAUAUGCUUGACCUUCUCAAGUGGCGAGCCCAACCACAAAAGAUAACUGACUGCCUCUUAAAGCUGAAAGAAAUUGAUGGCUCAGAAAUAGUGAAGUUUUUACAAGACACUUUGGAUACAUUAUUUGGAAUUUUGGAUGAAAAUCCUCAGAAAUACGGGUUAAAAGUUUUUGAUUGUUUGGUUCAUAUAAUAAAUUUGCUGCAGGACAGCAAGUUCGAACACUUUAAGCCAGUGAUGGAUACGUAUAUUGAAAGUCAUUUUGCAGGUGCACUUGCAUACAGGGACCUCAUUAAAGUGCUGAAAUGGUAUGUUGAUCGUAUCAUAGAAGCUGAACGACAGGAGCAUAUUCAAGAGGUGCUGAAGGCACAAGAAUAUAUCUUCAAAUACAUAAUUCAGUCUCGUAGCCUGUUCUCAAUCACCACAGGGGGUCAGAAUGAAGAAGAGUUUAACUGCUGCAUUCAAGAACUUUUUAUGUCAGUUCGAUUCUUUUUGUCUCGGGAAAGCAAAGGCUAUGCUGCCUUAACACAGACACAGAUGGUGUAUUUGAGCACUUUUCCAUCUAUUUAUACUGAGCUGCUAAGGCUUUUUGAUAUUCGAAUUGUGGCAAACCUCAUACGUGACACUCUAGGAAGCUUGCCAACCAUUACACAUGUGGAUGACUCCUUGGAAGCUGUUAAGCUGCAGUGUAUUGCAAGAAGUGUGGAAAGCGAGCUGUACCUGAAUCCUAGUUCUCGCUGUAUUCUACUACCAGUAGUUUUACAUCAUCUCCAUAUGCAUUUACAAGAGCAAAAAGACCUUGUAAUGUGUGCACGUAUCCUUAGCAGUAUAUUUUGCCUUAUUAAGAAAGACAGCACGGAGGCCUCUAUAUCAGAAGAGGUAGACAUGAUUGUGGAAAGUCUUCUCGAUGUUCUGCUGAAAACCAUACUGGAAAUAACAAACAGGCCUCAGCCAGUGGGAGCUACACUACGGUUGCCAUAUCAGGAUGUCACUGGUGAAUUUGUGGCAUGUUUAUUGUCACUGUUACGGCAAAUGACUGACAAACAUUAUCAGCAGCUCCUGGAAAACUUCACCACUAAAGAGAAGCUAAGAGAUUUUCUGCUGCAGACUUUUACGGUAUUUCGGAUACUUAUUAGACCUGAGAUGUUCCCUAAAGACUGGACUGUGAUGCGACUGGUAACAAACAAUGUGAUCAUCACUACUGUCCUGUACCUCUCUGAUGCUCUUCGCAAGAAUUUCCUUGCCGACAACUUUGAUUACAAGGUCUGGGAUUCAUACUUUUACCUUGCUGUCAUUUUUAUAAACCAGCAAUGUCUUCAGUUGGAGACCUUCACACCUUCCAAAAGGAAAAAAAUAUUAGAAAAGUAUGGUGACAUGCGAGUGAUGAUGGGAUGUGAGAUCUUCAGCAUGUGGCAAAAUCUAGGAGAACACAAGCUUAACUUCAUUCCAGCAAUGAUUGGUCCAUUUCUUGAAGUGACCUUGGUUCCUCAGCCAGAUCUUCGAAACGUGAUGAUUCCAAUUUUUCAUGAUAUGAUGGACUGGGAACAGAGAAGAAGUGGCAAUUUCAAGCAGGUGGAAGCAAAGUUGAUUGACAAGCUAGACAGCUUGAUGUCUGAAGGCAAAGGUGAUGAGACAUACAGGGAAUUAUUCAGCAGUAUCAUCCCCUUAUUCGGCCCAUAUCCUAGCCUUCUGAAGAAGAUUGAACGGGAAACUUGGCGGGAAAGUGGUGUUUCAUUAAUAGCUACUGUAACUCGACUUAUGGAGCGAUUGCUAGAUUACAGAGACUGUAUGAAGAUGGGAGAAGUAGAUGGCAAGAAGAUUGGUUGCACAGUCAGCAUGCUGAAUUUUUAUAAAACGGAGUUAAACAAAGAAGAAAUGUAUAUUCGUUAUAUACACAAGCUUUAUGAUCUGCAUAUAAAGGCACAGGAUUAUACAGAGGCUGCCUAUACUUUGAUGUUGUAUGAUGAGUUGCUGGAGUGGUCAGAUCGACCUCUGAGGGAGUUUCUUAGUUACCCCAUACAGAUGGAGUGGCAACGAAAGGAAUUUUUGCGUCUUACCAUCAUUCAGAACUUUGAUCGAGGGAAAUGUUGGGAGAAUGGGAUUGUCAUGUGCCGUAAACUGGCUGAACAGUAUGAGAAUGAUUACGACUACCGUAACCUCAGCAAGAUGCGGAUGAUGGAAGCCACUCUGUAUGAUAAAAUUAUGGAUCAACAACGUCUGGAGCCUGAAUUUUUCAGAGUCGGAUUCUAUGGAAAGAAAUUCCCAUUUUUUUUAAGAAACAAGGAGUUUGUUUGCCGAGGACAUGACUAUGAAAGACUAGAGGCUUUUCAGCAGCGAAUGUUGACUGAGUUUCCACAUGCCAUUGCUAUGCAACAUGCCAACCAACCAGAUGAAACCAUCUUCCAGGCAGAAGCUCAGUAUCUGCAGAUCUAUGCUUUAACUCCCAUUUCUGACAGCCCGGUCCUGCAGAGAGAAGAUAUCCCAGACAACAUCAAAAGCUUCUAUAAAGUGAAUGACAUUCUGAAGUUCCGUUAUGAUAGACCAUUCCACAAAGGAACCAAGGACAAAGAAAAUGAGUUUAAGAGCUUGUGGGUGGAGCGCACUACUCUGACCUUAGUGCAGAGACUACCUGGAAUCUGCCGCUGGUUUGAGGUGGAAAAACGUGAAACGGUGGAGAUGAGCCCUCUGGAUAAUGCAAUUGAGGUUUUAGAAAACAAGAACCAGCAACUAAGAUCUCUGAUUACUCAGUGUCAAAGUCAACAGAUGCAGAAUAUUAACCCCUUUACCAUGUGCCUGAAUGGAGUCAUUGAUGCCGCUGUUAAUGGUGGUGUUGCCAGAUAUCAAGAGGCAUUUUUUGUAAAAGACUAUAUUCUGAACCACCCAGAAGAUGGAGAAAAGAUUACACGUCUUAAAGACCUUACCCUAGAACAGGCUCAGAUCCUGGAGUAUGGCUUAGCUGUGCAUGAAAAGGUUGUUCCUCAGGAUAUGAGGCCUCUGCAUAAAAGGCUGGUGGAUCAGUUCUUUGUGAUGAAAUCAAGCUUGGGCAUACAGGAUUUCCCAGCAUAUGCACGAGCAAGUCCUGUUCAUUUUACUAGUGGAAGCCCUCGUGUGUGCCGAAAUUCGAUUUCAAUGUCUAUGAGCCCAGAUGGUACCAGAAUAACUACAAGGAGAAGUCCUUUGACAUACCCAGCGGUGAACAGGUACUCUUCCUCUUCUUUAUCGUCCCAAGCAUCGGCCGAAGUCAGUAACAUUACUGGACAGUCAGAGAGCUCUGAUGAAGUUUUCAACAUGCAGCCAAGCCCGUCUACCUCAAGUUUGAGUUCCACACAUUCUGCCUCACCUAACAUAACAAGUUCAGCGCCAUCUAGUGCUAGAGCCUCUCCCCUGUUGCCAGAGAAACCUAAACAUUCCAGAGAAAAUUCCUGCCUGUCUCCAAGAGAAAGACCUUGCAGUGUCAUUUAUCCAAAUCCUUCAGAGCCUCCACAGAGAAUGCUUGCUCACCAAAUCAGUGACAACUCCUUACCUAAGAGUGACCCUAGUCUGUCUUCUCAGGAGAAAGCUGUGAAUCCCACCCCAAGCAGUUGGAGCCUAGACACUGGGAAAGAAGCCAGGACAAUGAUGGAGUGUGGAAAGCUGACAUCUCCACCUAUUCCUCCAAGACCUGCACAUUCUGGUUCACCUUCAAGAAAUGUGAGGUCCGUUUCACCAUCUUCAGCUGCUAGAUCUCCGCAGAAGGGUUCUGUGCAAUCAUUUACACCAUCACCAACUGAAUGUCACUCUGCUGGGCUGGUUUCCAACUCUCCAGUUCUGUCAGGGAGCUACAGCAGUGGCAUCUCUUCAUUAAGCCGAUGCAGCGUAUCUGAAACGUCAGGCUCUGAGGCCCAGUCUGGUGAACAGACUCUAACAACAUCAUAUUCCAGUGGUUCUGAAGAGUUGUUCAGAAAAGAAAACAAAACUCCUCCACCCUACAGUGUUUACGAAAGGGCCCUGAGACGACCAGUUCCAGUACCGCACAGCCUGUCUAUACCAAUCUCGUCUGAUCCACCUGCACUCCCUCCUAAACCACAACAGGCAAGGCCUACCAAACUGGAAAAUAUAAACAUGAAGAGUGAGCCACCAAUGUCCAGGCCUCGCCCUCUCCCUAGGAAAGUAUCACAGUUAUAGUAAACCUCCUGUAACUACUGUAAUGUAAAAAAAAGUUGUUUAAUAUUAAACAGUAACUAUAAGUCUUUGGAAAGAAACUCAUUGGCACUUUAAUCAUUUCACCAAUGCUUAUUACAAAAGAAAAAGCACAGAGAAUCCUGUAACAUUUUUUUUUCUUUUUUAACACAUUGGGAUGCAGCUAAUUCAGCCUUUUUGUGGCUGAAAUUCUUGAAAAUAGUUUGUUGUAUAUAAAAUGCUUUUAAACCAAUCAUCAUUGGAGGAAAAAAGUCCCACUUUCACUAUCAGAUUUGAAAAGAACAGGGUUAACUGAAAUCUAAUUACAUCAUUGUUUUCAUAGUGUUUAAUUAUAACAUUUUCAUACAUGCAGUUUUUGAUAGUCUUAUCAUGGAAACAUUUCAGGACACCACUAAUGUUGACUAAUAGAAAGAUGGGGGCUUGAUUUUCUUAAGAUAAUCUAAAUUCACAAAAAAUUCUAUGGUUGUAAAAUGAUUAAACUGGAACCAAUUCAAAGGCAAGCUAA